UUGGACAGAAACAGGCAUGGAGGGACCCCUUUAAAGAAUCCCGCAGGUCCUUGUGAUGAUAAAGGAAGCAAAAUGAGUGCUGAAGGCACAGAGCAGUUUAGUAACGAGACUGUAGCAAGCACAAGUAUUUUUGGACUUCUCAACACCACCACAGAGACUGUUUCUGUUAAUUCGACUGACAUACCAUCGAUUGCUACAAAUCCACUGCCUAUUGUCAUUUCACUUGUUUGCAUUUUCCUACUGCUUGCCACCUGCCUCAUUUUUGUGACCCUCUGCAAACCUGCUGCACUUGACCAGUCUCUCUAUGGUCCACAUGAAUGUAUGCCAUAUCAUUCAGAAGAUCCCAAUGAGCCACAGCUAAGACUGUGGAAACGACUUGGAUCACUGAGACGUUCGGUCAGUAGUUUUAGGCAAAGUCAACCUAUUUCACAGCGCCAAAGGACUUUCCCAAGACGACCACCGACCAACCAAGACCGGUCGUUUAUGGAGUCCACCAAGAUGUGACUAUUGAAUUGACUGUAAUGCGCAGCAAGAUUGAGUGACUUUUUAACAUGGAUAUUUUUAAAUUGUGGAAUCUAAUAUUUGUGGAAGUUAUAAGCCUGAAAGUACUUGUAAUUAUGUUCAGAAACCAUUAUUAACUAUACCUGGCUGCUCUCCAUAUUUGCUCCUGAGGCAGUGGGUUUAACAACCUCCAGGGCAUACCAUAUUUUUGGGCAAAGUGAAUGGUGUUAACAUUUGCCAUGCACACCACAUUUCUUAUUUUCCACCAAUGUAAAGUCUCUUCACUUGUUAUAUCUGAUUCGGUAACAAUCAUACUAUAUUUCUUACAAAAGUUGACAGGAAUAGUGAAACCCCCUCUGUAUCUUCACUUUUUUAUUUAGCACUUUAGCAUCUCACUUUUGUUGCUUGCAAUCAAUCAAUACCUUGCCAAAAAGAUCAGCUGAUUCCAGAACACCCCUGAGAGACCAAUUAUCUCUGGUAUUGGUUCUUUAACUUCCAACUUAUCUAAAUCUAUCCUUCCAAAAAUAGGUUGUAUAACUUAAGUCAUGCCAGAGACACCACUCAAGUAAUUAGUGUAAUCACGGCUGGUUUAGGAGUGGGGUUUGGC